CACAACAGUCAACUACACCUCGCAGUCACUCGCUAUGGCAGACAAGAUGGAGGGCGUAGUAUCCGCCGGCGGACUUGUUGAUCCCAGCAAAUACCCAGUCCCAAUUGAAACGAUAUACGUUAACAACCUCGAAGAGCGCGUCAAGAUCGACACCAUGAAGGAGGCGCUUACCCUCGUCUUCAAACACUACGGGCCCAUUCUCGACAUAAUAGCGAAGAGCAGCCUGAAGCGCAAGGGUCAGGCAUUCAUUGUCUUCGACAAGGAGCAGUCAGUGCUGAAUUCGGUUGAGGAGAUGAACGGCUUCGAGAUGUACGGCAAGGCCAUGCGCGUGUCUAGGGCGAAGACGCACAGCGACGAGACCGUCAAGCGAAAAGCGCCGGAGAUUUUCGACGAGCACAAACGGAAGCGGCUGAUGCUGAAAGACUUCAAACGCGCCGAAGAGGCCGCAAAGGCGCAAGCAAACCCUGCGGCGGCGGCCGAGAAGCCUCGCGCUGUCAAGCCUGGAGCUGCCGUCGUGCCCGACGAAUACGUGCGCCCGAACAAGACGCUCUUCCUUCAGAAUAUACCCAAAGAUAUGGACGAAGAUUCUCUCACCACCAUAUUCGAGCGCUUCGAGGGCUUCAGGGAAGUUCGUUACGUACAAGUCAGGGGAGUCGCCUUUGCGGAAUUCGACAACGAGCAGUUUGCUAUCACGGCGAAGGAGGCGACAGCGAACAUGCCAAUCGGUGCGGAGGGCAGGCCAAUGAAGGUCACGUAUCAGCGACAGUAGGUUAUUGCAAGUGGAUUUAUGCGUUUGGAUUUAUGAUACCUCGAAAACGAACACAAUACAGUCGUGUUCUGUCGUU